AUGCAUAGCUCCCUUCUCAACCCCCCACCUAACAGUCUACUGACAGUGGUGUAUUUACGCACCCAUUUAUUAACUCCCGCCUCCAAUGCGCGGGUACCUACCGCGCCUCGCCAAAUCAUCGGUGAACGAAACUGUGGUAGCUAUAACCACUGUACGACAAAUACGCGGUUCUUACAGCUGACAGUGAUGAUGAGGCGCUCAAUAAUGGUGUGGGAUCUUAGCAGGAUGGAUAACUUGGCUGUUAAUUUGAACGAAUUUUUAUCUAUGACAUUAGAAAAUCUUCAGGAUAUUAAUGUCAAUGCGCUGCUCGAGGAGUUUGAGGUACAAGACCAGAAUAGCUUUAACCCCCCUGAACCGAAGUUCACCGGAUUCGUAUAUCCCACCAGGGAGGAGAUUAUCAGCGAAAUGUUGCCCGACUGUCCAGUGAUCGUUGCCGGAGAUGCCCUCAAACUAGAACACAAGGAAAACUUGUGCCCUUUAAGGUCUACCCAGGAAUUCGACGACAGUUUGUCCGGCAUCAGUUGGACCCAAGCACUAGCAACUUCCAUUUCUCCUCUGAAAGAUUUGCCUGAUUCUGUCCGCAUACCACCUGCAGUUGACUUAGACCACCCUGUGUCUUCAGCUACAGCGCCGGCAUACGGUUCUUCAGCUGUCUUGGACCCGAUACAUUCACUGUUCAUGACUGCUGGCGGCAUGAGGAUAUCUCUUCCCUCGACGGAGGCCAUGCAAAACGCCAGACGAUUGCUCAGAGAUGACUUGGUCCCGGAACAGUCGAAGCAAGAGUGCCUACGGAGACUGAGGAUGAGCAACGAACCUAAGACCCAGAAUCAAUCUCAGUGUGAUAAAGAGCCGUCUGAACACGCAGUCGAGUGUACCUUAACAACUGGGACUACAUCAACAGGCUUAUCGUGUUCCAGCGAUGCUCAGUUUACAGGGUUUACUUCUGCUAGAGGCGUUACAUUGCUUCUUCGCACUAAUUCAUCUAAAGAUCGCGCGAAGUCACUUCUGAGUUCGGAAUUACCCUCUACCGUUCAGCCUCUUCGGUUUGGAUGCGAUGACCCAUCUCUUCAUACGGACAACUCCAUGUUAAAACCCGUUCAACCAUUAGUUUCAUCUGACUACCCUCGUGCGACGUGCAGCACCAAUCAACCCACUCGCUCUCGUUUUGCCUUUGAUUCAAAAGUUACAUUCCAUUCUCCUACUGAGCAGUUGGCUCUUCAGAAGAGCGCCUUGUCCCAGGAAUUCAUUACGGUGUCAAAAACUUCCUCAGACCCCUCAAAUUCGGAAUCUAGGGAAGCGCUAUCAGUAACGACGGACCUCCAAAUUAGAGAGGGACUUGGUGAAGCAAUGCAAUUUGUUCCGGGGAUGUCGUCGUCUGUUUUACAACCCAUUUCCCGGGUUCCUGAGUUUCCCGAUACUAGAUGCAUUAUUGGGUCACACUCCGAUACAGGAAUAAUGAACUCAUCGCCUGAAAAGUUUGCGGAAUUAUCUUCUCUUCCACUGACGAAAUCAGACACACAACCCCCAUCGGCUGCUUCCCCGACUUCUGCCACUGUGGAAGGAACAGCUAACAACAUCCAACAUAAAAGCGCUUUUUCAGAGGUCGACCUACUAGAUUCCAUGUUAAGGCCUCAUGUUCCUGAAGAUUUCGUGAAGGCUUCUGAUAACAAAAUUAAAGCAGUUUCUGGUGCUACCUUGCAACGCACUAAUCAGUUAUUUGUUUCUGAACCCGACGGAGAUGACCCUACUACCACUACUGGUGUGAUGAUUGAUUGUCAAAAAACUGGGGCAAGUGUCACAAGUUUUGAUGAAGUGCCUAAUCCCAAAAAUCUCUUCCAUACUCGCGCACACCCUACGUUUGCUGGCUUCAUUAGAGCUUCUGGGCGUAGCGUAGAUCCCGUAUCAGAGGCCUCCAUAGAGCAUGCAAAACAGCUCUGUGCAACUAAUAUGGAAGACGUGAGUCCAAGUCUAGCGACUACUAGUCAUGUGCCAGUUUCAACCGCGUGGCCGUCCAAAACCGACGCGAUGCAGGCUGCACAUAAACCUAUUCAUUCACAUAAAACUGCCACUUCGGGUUUCAAAAGUGCUUCAGGUCAUGAGGUCCCUUAUUCUGAAGAGUCAUUAAAACGUGCGAGACAGUUAUAUUUAACUGAAGAAAUUACCGACCACGUGAACCCGUCUGGGGUAUUGAAAAAAGAUCAGUCACCACCAGCUACGCUGUCCGCUAAAGUUGAAAGUUCUGAAGAUGUAAGGAGUAGUUCAGGGGUGGGGACGUUGGCAAACCUACCGACUCCUCUUCCGGAAGCUGACGUCAUUGCGGAAACUGAUUCCUUCACUGCCUUGAUGGAAGACUCACAGUUUCAAGAUGUCCGGACAUGGCUCCACAACGACGACCUUGAAAGGACAGACUCUGUACUAGAAGCACGAAGACAACAAUUACGAACCGAGCAACGAGAAAUAUUGGCGAAUAAGUUGGAGUUACCACAGCCAAACCGUUCCAAAAAUCCUGGUCCCAAAGUUCUGUCUCGGCAACCGGGUCAAAAUCCGGUUGGUUCUCUGUACUGUCCCGGGUCUUUGUGGAGGUUGCGCGCCGCUUGCAGACAGGCUACAUCCGAACGCUCCCCCCUAAUGCCACUGAAUCACAUAGUGGCACAUGAAUCAUCGUCCAAACGAACCCAGAAUCACGACAAACAUAUUGGACCCUUCGAUCUGCCGGACAAUAUUCACUUCCCUGUGAACACAGAUCGAUGGACCUUACGUACUGCAGCCCAACUACGUUGGCAAUUAGAUCGGACGUACAUGCUCGAUCCCACGGCAAGUCCUUCUCUUCCGGCAUCGUACGGGGCUGGCGAUGGUGCUGUGCUCAUUCCUGACGCUUACGGUUGUGUUGGAAAGGAGGAAAUACUUGACGCUUUUCUGGCCUCUCCAAGCGUCUGCUGUCAGUUGACUUCACAAGGAUGGCUCUCUAAUCAUUACGAUCAGCUCGUAUGGAAACUGGGGAGCACGACACUGAGGGCGUCAGUACCGGAUAGCCCAUUCCGACUACCGGUGGACUACUUCACGCCACAUCAUGUGCUGUUGCGAUUAAAGUAUCGCUAUGAUAGGGAAUUGGAACAAGUUGAGAGACCGGCUUUGCGAAGAAUUGUUGAACUAGACGACACACCCGCACGUCGCCUCGUACUAUGUGUUUCCGAAGUAACCGCGAUAGGUUCGAGUCAAUUCAAUGUACGCGUCACCGAUGGUUGGUACCAAGUGAACUGUCAGCUUGACGGGGCUUUGAUUCGACUCGUCCGAUCUGGUCGAAUUCGCGUUGGAACAAAGUUUGUCACUGCGGGUGCCGAGCUGGUUCAUAUAGAUGCUGCCACCGGUGCCAGCGUGGCUGUACGUAGUGUGAAGUGCUCCGGAGAAGACAGUCAGUAUGGUCAUCUGUUCGGGGCGGACGGUGCUGCGAUGGGUGUUUGUCUCCGAUUACACGGCAAUUCCACACGCCCCUGUCCAUGGUUCACCCGCCUUGGUUACUCUUUUGAACAACCCGGUUCUUGGUGCGGAUUAUAUCCGGUCCCCCUGUGCACGUUGUUGCCCGAUGGAGGAUUGUGUUCGGGGAUUCGUGUGGUGGUCCAGCGUCGGUUUCCACUGCAAUACAUGGAAACGUUGGAGGCCUUACCUGAAUCAGCCAAUGAAAAGGACGGAAGAUCGCCUGGUAUGCGCCGUCAUUUGUUUCGUAGCGAGAGGGCUGAACAGGCUGAGGUCGCCCAGUUCGAACAACAACGGCGUCGAGCCUUGGACCAGGCCUUGGACAAUCUGAUACCCACUGGUCGCGGUACUACUGGUCGAAAGCAGCCUACACCGUCUCAGCUAGCUUCUUUGGGUACGGAUGGCGAAGCUUUGUUUGCCGCUGUUAUGGGCGCUCUGGACCCGACAGAAGCCGAAUCUGAGCUCAAUGAUGUCCAGCGUGACGCCAUUAGACAAUUCAAAGAAACUACACUAAGAAGCGCCAUGGAUGAAAUGACUAAACCUAGGAAGGUGACUCCACUUCUGCGGGUUCGUGUGGCUGGACUUCAUCCGAAAGAUGUAUCCCUGAAUUAUGUUGUACCUGUAACAUUUUGGAACCCAACCGAUGACCUCCUGACUGUUCUUAAAGAAGGCGAGGCCGUAGAAAUUUAUAAGUUACAAGCUACUACUACCCGCGCUACAGAUCCUUUUGCACCACCUUCAGCGGGUCAAAUGAUAUCGCCAAUGCAACGAGCAGCACUGUUGCCCGGUGCGACGCUUGCACUAUCAGGUGGCCGGAACACAUCAGCCCGUCCUCUCGUAUCCAGCGCCAGGAAACAGAAAGCUGGCAAAAGUUGUCUCCCUUGCGAUGUCGUUGAUGAGAAACUAAUUGAACGCGUCUACCGACCGAGAAACGCUAUGAGUGUCACUGAUAUACAACACAUAUGUGUGUCAAACUCCUCGGAGUUCCAUGCACCUCUUACUGACCAGAAUACACCCAUAGAGGUUGACCUGCGGUGCGUUGUGGUGGCCGUACACCAAUCCCACGCUACGGAUAUCCCUCUGCGCACCAAAUCUGAUCCAAAGGCUGUGGAAUCCAGUACAGCCAUGGGUCAUCGCUCAACAACAUCCGAAGUGGAUUCAGUCUACGUGACAGACGUCAACUCCUCAUCUGAUGGAUGUUUGGUCGUUGUUAAAAUUUGGGGUGGUUUACAAGCACACCAUUUGUCCAAUUUGUUGCAAAAAGGUCAAGCCGUCCAUUUUACCGACCUGCAGUUGCGUCGGAGACAGCAACUACCAAGUGUACCAGUUUUAGACCCUGAACUGGGUUCGAAAUCGUUCACGUUGAUCUCUUUAAACUACACAGUAGCCAGCAACGUUACAGUCGACAAAUUGCUCACCAGAACGCCAAGGUCAAGACUUUCAAAUGAAAAGUCUUCCUGCCUUUCACCGCAUCUGGAACAUUUGGCCGAAAUGCACUGGUCAUCUUAUUCCACUCCCGUGACCAAGCGAUACCCGGGUCUGAAUUUGUUUGAUAGGUUUUCAUCGACUCCAGUGCGAACCGGGGUCGGCCGGGGGCUGUCUUCUUUACUCCAAUCUACCGGGAAAACUGACAGCACACCAAUAGGAAAAGUGACAAACCAACCAACAAGCAGUACUGUUUGCGGCGCAGAUAAGGAGCCGAAGGCCAUGGAGCAAGUAACUCCGUUGCGUAGCCUCGCAAGUCGUACCACGCCUAGAACAGGUUUGUCCCGCCGCACACGACGACCCCAGACAACUUCGCUUGCCAUCGAUAAUCCCCCAACUUUUAGCUUGAAAACGGCUCAGACAUUGAACACCCCUGUACAAAAUGCCCGUGUAUCCCCUCUUAACGCAGAAGAGCCCAGUGAAAUCGGUACUAUAUUAAAACAACCCUUGUCUACAUUGCUAUCCGAAGACCGAUUACUUGCAACUCCUGAGCCCAAGCGCCCGCGCGUUGCUUCGUCUGAGUCCCCAAAACCGUGUUCACCCAAAGCAUUGGAAAAUAAAGAAAACAUGACUGAAUCAUUCGGUUCCAUUCUGGAAGAUACUUUUGAGCUCCCUCAUUCCCCGGUCUAUACAAGCGACACACCCACCUGCAACCCUCCUAGCACGCCAGCUUCCAUCCGUUCGCGUACAACGGAAUUUAACUCACCCAGCUUUUCCGGCCCAGAUUCCUCAGACGACAUGGAUGUGAGCAUCGCGGACCUUGUUAAAACACGUCGCCGUAGUACACGUUCUUUGCAAGCAAGUUCCACUCCCACCCGAACCCGAUUCCCCCAUUUUCGUGAUUAACGAUCUUUUCCCGACUGUGAACUCUCAACCGUUUGUUUAUUUUGUAAAUACAUAUUUUUGCAGAAUUAAAAGAAAUUC